GGAGGUGGGACGGACGGUGUAAAGCAUGGAGUCACUGCGCGCAUUUCUGAGCUGCCAGAAGCGAGCGCGCAUCCCGACACGAGAUCACUGAAGAAGAUGCGGCGCGGUGAGUGCGCGGAAUUCCCCUAAAACUUCCAGACUCUUCAUAAUCCUAAACAACGACUCGAGAUAGCGACAUCUGUGACUUUGUAUAGCGGUUCGGCAAAUAUCGUAAGGUUUAUUGAGCAUCUGAGACGCGCGAAGCAUGGAGAUGAUCUCCGCACACGCGGAACUACCCGGGAGUAACGGAGAGGAUCAAACUGAGCCUCUGCCGGUGGACUAUCCCGGUGGAGAGAUGCCGGCCUCUCUCGGGGUGCGAAGAGGGUCGAGCGUAAAGAAGCAUCACCACAAACACAACCUGAAGCACCGAUAUGAGCUGCUGGAGACACUCGGGAAAGGGACAUACGGGAAAGUGAAGAAAGCCAUAGAGAGACACACUGGACGAGUGGUGGCAAUUAAAUCCAUCCGAAAGGAGAAGAUUAAAGACGAGCAGGACAUGGUGCACAUCCGAAGAGAGAUCGAGAUUAUGUCUGCUCUCCGUCAUCCGCAUAUCAUCUCUAUAUACGAAGUGUUUGAAAACAAGGAUAAGAUCGUGAUCGUGAUGGAAUAUGCCAGCAAGGGCGAGCUGUACGAUUACAUUAGCGAACGUCGCAAGCUCAGCGAGAGGGAGACGAGACACUUCUUCAGACAGAUCGUCUCUGCUGUGCAUUACUGCCAUAAGAACGGAGUUGUACACAGAGAUCUAAAGCUGGAAAAUAUUCUCCUGGACGACAACGGCAACAUUAAAAUUGCAGAUUUUGGUUUGUCUAACCUUUACCACAAAGAUAAACUUCUUCAAACGUUUUGUGGCAGCCCACUGUACGCCUCCCCAGAGAUCGUAAAUGGAAGACCAUAUCGAGGUCCAGAGGUUGACAGUUGGGCGCUGGGUGUGUUGCUCUACACACUUGUGUAUGGAACAAUGCCAUUCGAUGGAGGAGAUCACCACAGACUCAUUCGACAAAUCAGCAGUGGCGAUUACAGGGAGCCUCCACAGUCAUCAGAUGCUCGAGGUUUGAUACGCUGGAUGUUGAUGGUUAAUCCAGAACGGCGGGCUACAAUAGAGGACAUCGCAAAUCACUGGUGGGUGAACUGGGGAUGGAAGUCCAGUGUCUGCGACUGCCAAACCAAAAGGGAAAACAGUUCACCCAUGCUAGCCCGCUUCAUUGACUGGCAAAACCGCACUGACGUCCGACCAGGCAAGCCUCAGCACCCGGAGCCUGCUAAUAUCACUAAUGUCACAAAUACUAGCUUGACCCCAGCCCGACGUCUAAGAAAAUGCAUGAAGGAGAACGAUGGAGGCAUGUGGGGUGUUGCGGAAGAGAAACCGGGUCUCAAGAGACCUAAGGGCAUCCUGAAGACUCGUGCCACCAGUGGAGACCAGCGGUCCCAGAGCCUGUGCGAGGUAGAGCUUAGGAGGUCCAUUUGUUACCAAGACACUAACUCUAGCCCUGACUCGAGCCCGGAGCGAGAAGACACGCUCGGUGGCUCCCCAGCAAAAAUCGUCUCGAUGUUACCCAAAAAAGGCAUUUUGAAAAACAGUCAAGAGCGAGAAUCUGGGUAUUACUCCUCACCGGAACGCAGCGAGUCCUCUGAACUCUUAGGGGGCGCCACUGUGCAACCUCCGAACAGCUCGCCAACAAAACGGUCUGUAGGUAGGAAAGGUAUACUGAAGCGAAACGGAAAGUAUUCUGCUCACAAUGCCGGAGUCCAAGGGGAGGUGCCGGUAGACUCAAAUCUCCCACGGAGCCAGAGCCGACCCUCCAGCAUUGUUUAUGAAGAGAAGGGUCUCUCCAGCAUGGGAUUGGACUGGCCACCCACCUCUCCAAAACCCAACAUUCGGGGCUCUCUGUCAGCCGAAGACUUACUGCAGAUGUCCGGAUUCAGGGGGCUUCAGACCGUUGCGCCCCUUCAUGGCGGAAAAGGCACUCGCAGUCCUCCCGGUUCACCCGGAGACAACGGCAGUUUCUCCUUGCUGGGUGAUAUGGAUGAUGUCACCCAGGUGUACCAGAAAGCCCUGGACAUCAGCGGCAAGCUGAGCUAGACUUGGUCUAAAACGAUGAAUAGACAAUUAUUUGAUUUCUAGAAACACACCUGGAAGGCAUUGUUUCACUUUGGAGAAAGACUGGAAGUGUGAAUGAUCUCAGCACGAUCUCACAUCACUGCUGCAGUGCUGCUGGGUAAUGUUUACAGGUCGAGAGGCGGGACAUUUCAAAUCAUGGUGAACAAAAUGAUUUGUUUUUAACUCGACAAUAAUGGGGAACAACGGAAGCACUUUAAAGCGUCUGUUCUCCGUAAUCCAGCACCAGAUGUAAAUGACAGCUGGGAAUGUGUUAUUUAAGUUAUUUAUUGUUCAUUUACACUUUGACUGAUUGAUAGUAUCAAGGCCAUUUUGUAGUCAUUCUUGGGAUAGCAGUCUGAAAACAUCAGAUAAAAGCAAUACAAUAAUAAACAGCCAUUGCUGUAUAACACCAGUGUUUUCAGUGACGUGCAUCCACAAUAGUCCAACAGCAACAUUUCACAUCAAAAUAAAAAAUAAUAAGUCAUUAUAUCGAUCCAAUCCCACACUUUAAAAAAUGCUUUUUCCAGCAUUGGGUCAAAAAGUACGGAGCCCCUAAGGGGACAUGGAGCAAAAAUUAAAUAACGUUUAAUUUCGCGUGCACACAUGAAACUUUCAGUUUAAUGUGCACACGUGAUAGUUUCACAAAACUUUCAAAAAAAAAUUCUGCACAUAAAGGUUUUGCGUGAGCACAUGAAAGUUUCACGUGAUCACAUGAAUCUAAACUUUAGAUUUUUUUACUACAAUGUCAUCUUAGGGGCUCGGUAAAAAAAAAGAGACAAACCCAUCUGUUGAGUUAGAUUAAACCCAGAUUUUUUUUAUAUUUUACCAUAUUAACAACAGGUUAAAACAACCCAGCAUAGGUUACAUUACAACCUAGUGGUUUGGGUUCGUCCUUUUUUGCCCCAACACUGGGUUAAAAACAACCCAUUUUGUCCAUAGAGCGUCAAAGGAUUAAUUUAAUGCUCCUCUUGUCCUUACAAUGAAACUGUGUGGGUAAAAUUUUUCUUUAAGAUCUAAAAAGUUGAAAUAUUUAAGUUGCUCUAAAAAGUGAUGGGUUAUUUAAAAAAAUGGACAAACCUAGUCACUGGGUUAAAUUAACCCUGACAAUGUUUAUAUUUGAUCCAACAAUGGGUUAAAACAACCCAGCAUUUUGGGCUGAAACAACCCAGCAUAGGUUACAUUACAAUGCAGCAGGUUGGGUUUGUAGAGAUACCAAGAGUGAAUGUAACAGAGACAAAAAAACCAUACAAAUCCAUGUUGUCUUUAGAUAAUAGGACCUCACAGCACAUAAAAAGUGACAAGACUGAAUCAGUGUUAUGACACCGUACAUUUUCAUCUCCCACAAACAUGCAUGAACCCACACAAUCCAACGUGCAGACGGGCAAUUAUAUGAGCUCACUGAAGCAUAAAAGUGUGGAAAGACGAGCUUUAACCUACGGUGUUAUUCUGCUCCAGAAAUGACCCAUGUUUCAACAAAACACCAUAUUAGAUGCCAAAUUAUUAUUUUUAAUAAGUUAGGUGUUAAAAGUCACAUGUUCUGAAGAAAAUAGAUUAUUAAAACAAAAAUAAGUAAAACGUUUAUUUAGGUUUAAUAAAUAAUUGGGUAAAACGCCAUCUCAUGGCAAUUCUUACGUAUUUUACGAGCUGGCUAAUUCGUACAAUGACAUUUGUACGACUGGACGAUUGGCUUUCACCCCAUGACGUUUCGGGUUAGAGUUUCUUUUUAUGUUAAUUGUUUUUGUACGAUUCACUUUGUACAAAUUCAUACACUGUAAAAGAAAUUCCUUGUUGCUCUUUAAUUUUUAAGUUUAAUGAACUUGAAUUCACUUUAACUUUCUGGACCAGUUAAAAGCUGUAAAAAAUAAAGUUGAAUUAGCUUUAGUCAUUUGAAAAAUUUAUUAAACUUAAAAAUUGAAGUGCAACGAGGAAUUUUUAUGGUGUACAAAUAAUUAGCCAACUCGUACCUGCCAAUUCUCGUGAGAUCAGGCUGGGUUGUCACCGAAGUGUAUCAAAUAUUAUGCGUGUACAGUUUUUUUAUGCAAAUUGGCAUGAUGCGAUAAACUAAAUACACCAUGAGUUUGUUUUCUGUUGCAUUGUGUUUGUUUUAAUUUCGGUAAUUAUUAACAGAGAUUAAUUUCAAGACAGUAGGUUAAGCAUUAAUAGUCUAGCCUAAAUGUGCUUCAAAUCUGUGAUGAUAAGUACAUUUUUGUCAGAUUAAGUGUCAGUAUUGCAGUUCAGUGCUACUGUAUGUACCCAUUAAUAUAUACAGUAUAUAUAAAUUAACUGGAAAAAGAUUGUGUUUGUCUAUAGGAUUUCCGUUAUAGGCCAUUGAGAAAACUUGACUGGAUAUUACUGCAUAUUUAAAUGUUGUUAUUUAAAAUGUCUUGUAUUAUAUACUGUACAUUAUGGCUAUUUGUUAUUCUGUAUGUUAUUUUUUUUAAACUUUGACUUAACGAUUGUCUUGCUUUGUGCCUUUAUUAAUGUAAGAUUGUCUAAUAAUGUUAUUAUCUGUGUAAAUGAUUUUCAGUAAGAAUUCUCAAUAGGUAUCAGAAUUGUUUUUCUGUAUCAUUUGUUAAGAGCAUUGUAAGGUGGUGUAUGAAGCCCUCCAUUGUCUCUGCUCAGUACAAUAUGCAGUGAUCCAAUAAAUGUCUCGAUCUAAAUACCA